GUUGCCGUGGCAGCAGCAUUUUGAGAACGGAAUUCGUAUGAAGCGUCGCUGUUUGCCUCUGAGAGGAGACCACAACCUGCUGACCCCUGACACACACACACCGUUAGGGUUUAGGCCAUGUGAAAAGGUGCAGUCAGGGGGUGUGGCCUCGCUAUCCGGAGCCUCAUCCGACAGCAAACCACCUGCUGGUUUGACGAGGCAGCAGUUGGCAGCAUCUCCUACUCGUCGUCUGCGAUUUGAGGAUGAGACAGAGAAGGAGGUGGAGUCUCGUUACUUGGAGCGACAGUGGCAAAAGAGACAGGUAGGACAACAAGGAUCAGGUGUCCUGUUGUCCAAACCAGACCUGAACCUGUACAUCAAUGGCAAGGCAGGUAUGGGGCAUGUUGACAAGCAGCUAAUAGGACAAACAGCGGUGCGGGGAGCAGGCCAGUGUCAUACCUGUGAGAGAGGAUUAGGAGGUGGCAUCAACAUCUGGCUUGACAAGGUUGACAAGGGGUGGAGCCUAAACAGACACCACCUUAACUUGCGGACCGAACCAAUCAGAGAAACCUACAUCGGCUCUGUCACCAGUUGGGAAAGGAAUGGGGUUUACACGCAUGAGAGACAGCAAUCAGUGGAGCUAAAUAGAGCUCAGGUGACCCUCCAUCAAUCUAUACCCACGACAGGCCUGCCAGUCAACCCCUAUGACCCUCACUCGAUGGGGCUAAGUGCUGUCCACCCACCUAAACUACACAAAGAGCAUCGACUGAGGCCUGAACCGAAGGAGAGGAGGGCGUGCGAGGAGACAAAAGCUGAAAGCCAAGCCCUGCCCACCUCUGAGCCAAUGAGACCAGAGCUUCACCAUGAUGAGAUUUCCCAUCCUGCACACUUAAGCAGCAGAGACGAUUCCACUCGUCUUUCUCUGCGCCGUUUUUUCUCCACCAUCAGGCUGAGCAGGACUCGAACUGGCAGCCUCGACCGCCUCAAAUCAAGGACCCCCCCCUUUUUCGCUGACUCUGCCUCCUCCAUUUCCAGGAACCCCUCCAGCGUGCUGAAGAAAACUUCAUCUGCUGAGUCGCUCAGUGUGCAGGAGGUGCCACUUUUGCAAUCAAAGAAGUCAUUAUUGGAGCCAAAGAAGAAGAAAGAUUGUUCUACGAACUAUAAACCAGCUGCUGACCAGUUUCUACCUCAAAGUCUCAGUGUUGAAGAUGUCAGUUGUCCCUCUUCAGUUCGUUCUGUUGGACGGAUUCUUCAGGUUUGUCCUGAUGGGACGUUUUGGUUGGAGCUUCACCAACCGGUGGGCCAACCCUUUGGCUUCAUCAUCAGACGAGAAAAAGGACAACUCAACUCUGGUGUGUAUGUGGAGGACAUUGUUAACAGCACUGAGAGGUUGUACGCUGGUCUGCUGGCUGUUGGAGAUGAGAUCCUGGAAGUGAAUGGGGAGAAGGUGGCUCGUCUCAGUCUGGACCAGGUGACCCACCUGUUGAUCCAGAACCCAUCAGCCACCAUCCGGGUCUUUCGACACCAGAAGAUAUGUUCACAGUGACCACCACGCUACCAGACUGAAGAACCACCAUGCCAACACUGAACCCAACUCAUCUUUUUAAGGCAGUAACCAAGUUAAAUUUAAACUGCAGUAUUUGUCUUACAUGUUCUUAUGAUGAGAAGCUUUGUGUCUCCUGUUAAAUCACUUUGAUUUACUGGUUUCAUCCAGAACACAAUUAGAAUAAAAAUACAUUAAUAAAAAACACACAUUAAUGAACCUCAGGUUUUAAAUGACAAAAUAAUCAGAUUUAGAAAAAAUAAAUAUUUUAAGUCUGAAUAUUUAUUUAAUGCUAUGUAGUAUUUGUCCUCUGAGCUGAUAAUCGAUUUAAAAAAAAAAAAAUUUUGUUUGAAAUUUUUUUUCACAUAAAGUAGCUUGUUUUUUUUAAUUUCCCUUCAGCGUUUUUGGUUUUUUAAAUUUUUUUUAACAAAAAGUAUAAAUAUUGUUGAGAAAGAUAUUGGGACCUGCCAAAAAUUAAAACUGAUCAUUGUUCAAUAACUAAAAUCAAUCAGGCCAGAUUAAAACAUCCAUUAAUCAAAAGGUCAGUCUGAUUUUCUUUUCUGGACUUUAUUGAAUAAAAAAAAAAUUCAGCUCCAUAUACAUCUCAACAUUGAUCAGCUGAUAGCAAUUUAUCACCGAUCAUUAACAGCUUUUUCCAUUCAGUCACUCUUUGAUUAUUUAUUGUUAUUGUUUAGUGUAAGGAAUAAAGUUUUGAGGAAACAUGA